GACUCCCCUAGCCAAAAUUGGAGAAAACAAUCAGAUAUGGAUGCAUAGCAUGUUGAGGCAAUUUGGCAGAGAAAUCGUUUCUGGGGAGAAUCUCACAGAUCCAGGAAGGCGGAGUAGAAUAUUUAAUCCUGAAAUAGCUCUCGACACGAUAAAGAGAAAAAAGGGAACAGAAAAGGUUGAGGCAAUCUGUCUUAACUUUCAGUGGCACACUUCAGAGAAACUAACAGCAGAAGAUUUUAAGAGCAUGCCAAACCUACGGUUUCUUCAAUUGGAUCAUGCAGACAUUGCCGGAGAUUUCGCUAACGUUUUCCAAAUUUAAGGUGGCUCCGUUGGCGUGGGUGCCCUCGACAUCUGCAAGUAACUAAUUUUCACUUGGGAAAUUUAACCAUUCUCGACUUGUCGUGGAGCAAAGUCACGAAAGACUGGGAAGGCUGGGACCAAAUAGAGAUGAAGAACUUGAGAGUUCUAGAUCUUACAGGCUGUGAUGACUUAUUAGUUACUCCUAAGUUCUCUAGCUGCCAAAAACUGGCCAUAUUGAUUCUGGAGCGAUGUUCACAAUUGGUCGAGAUAGAUCAUUCGAUCGGCGAUUUGAAGCUCCUGGCUUCCUUGAAUUUGAAGUUCUGCACAGAGCUCAGCAUGUUGCCAGUAGAAGUGGGUCAACUUACGGCUCUGAAAGAGCUUCUCCUGGACAAGACUUCGGUACAAGAAAUUUCCAUCUCCAUUGGUUAUUUAAAGCAGCUUGAAACUCUGAGUGCCUCAAACUGCUUCUCAUUGAGUCAACUAUCGAAAACGAUUUGUCGCCUGACGAAUAUCACACUUCUUUCACUGGAUGGCACCGGAAUCACAGCACUUCCCGAUUCCAUUGGAGAACUGGUUAGACUUGAACACUUGUCAUUAAGGGAUUGCUAUCAAAUAAGAAAACUUCCGAACUCCAUCGGCAACAUAGUGAGAACCUUAGUUGAGUUAGACGUGUCGGGAACAGGCAUCGUCAAGUUUCCGCAUUCGCUAAAAAAACUGUGGAGCUUGAAGGUGCUGAGAAUGGAUUCUUGUUUCUUCAGAGAGUUCCCUCCUGAUAUCGGAGAGCUAACCAACCUCGAAGAAAUACAUGCCUGCUGGUGUCUGAGUCUCGAGGGGGGCAUUCCAAGCGAGAUUGGAAAACUGCAUAAUUUGAGAAUCUUGAGGCUGCGACAUUCGACUAUUUCCAGCAUACCGGCGGAGAUCCACCAACUUUCCAAUCUUCGAAUCCUUGAUUUACUUCACUGCGACAUGAUCAAAGAGUUGCCAGAGCUCCCCUCUAGCAUAACGGUUUUGUAUGUAGACGAUGAACUGAAGUCGUCGCAUCUGCCAUAGCUAGGAAAGCUAUGCCACUGUGAUGAAGACUAGGCUCUAGUGACCCUGGCAAAAUGAUGGCCUUUCCAUUUACCUCAUGUUUUCAUUCCAGAUUUGAAUAUGGAUACCACCAACAAGAUGUGUUUUUCUGAAGUUUGCAAAGUCGUUUCAUCUGAAAA